AUGCUUCCGAAGGCGGUGAUCUUCCAAAUAUUUUUGUCGAUUGUGGGAGCUCAAGGAAUUGGAAAUGGAUAUCCCCUGAGGAUAAUGACGUUUAAUAUUUGGAUCACGGGCGAGAAUGUGGUCGAUGGAUUGUAUAAAAUUGCAAAGCAUAUCAGGAUUGUGGAUCCCGAUAUUGUAACGAUUCAGGUUGGUUGCAAAAUUGAAACUUAAUUUUAAAAAAUUUUACCACAAUCUGCGGAUUUUUUAAAUUAAGGAUUUUCUUUAAAAAUUUACUUUUAAAAUUGAAAUCAAUUUUUUUUCAACAGUUUUUAAAAAUUUUAACAAGUUCACUCCUUGCUUUUAAAUUUUGAGACGAAUUAUUCCAAUCGAUCAUUUUCCAAUUAAAAAAUAUUUUCAAAGGUCAUCCACUAACUGAUCGCUAGAUAAAUAAACAACGGCUAGUUUUUUGGACGCUCCGUACCUUCAUUUUCUGCAACGGAAUAUCCCCAAAAUUAUUUUUCAGGAGCAUCGCUUCAAGCUUGCAUGGAAAUUUCCAAUUAAGAAUACCAGAAUCUAAAAGUUUUAAUAUUAAUUUACAACAGCUGUCAGCUAAAACGGUAAAUUUUUGGAAAAUUUUAGGAGCUCCAAAGUAAAGAAUUGUUUGGACAACUUUUGACUGAACUGGGCCUCGAUUACACUGGAGUUUACCACAAUUCGAGCGGUUAUCCGGACACUGCGAUCAUCACAAAACACAAAAUAAAUGACGCCUUAACCUUUCAAACCUCCGCUACAAUUGGAACAGAAAUCGAAUUGAAGUCGGGGAUUGUGGUCAGAUUCGUGGGAGCUCAUUUGGCCUAUAAAAGUUAUGGUCCCUAUGCUGCUUAUAAUAAAUUGGUCACCGAUAUAAAACAAAUCAUGGCUGGGGAAACAAAACCUGACUCUUGGAGUAGGUUGAAAAAAAAUUAAAAUAAAAUUUGAGGUAAAAAAUAAUAUUAUAUUUUAUUUUUAGAUCGAGCUAAAAAUAUCAAGGAUCUCAUUGCCUCGAAAUCUUUCAAAAAAUUCGCCGCAGAAUCUGAUUCUCAGCCCUUUUUCGUAUGCGGUGACUUUAAUUCUCCUUCUCAUUUGGAUUGGACGGAAGAAACAAGGUUAACUAAACAGUUUUAUGUCGUUAAUCCUCAGUUUUUGAUACCUUUUGAUAGUUUUUUAGAUCAAGUCACGGAGGAUGGGUAGUGGAGUGGCCGGCCACAAAACUACUGGCAGAUCAGGGAUUUGAAGAUUCUUAUCGAGUCAAGAAUCCCAAUGUGACCAGCCAUCCAGGUAAAAUUAGUUCUGCCUUUAAAACUAAAAAAAAUUUUAGGUUACACCUGGUCUACUGUAAACAAAUCUCCCGAAGAAUGGGAUUUCACGAUCCCCGAACCCCAGGAUCGUAUCGAUUUCAUAAAUUUUAAAGGAAAGAGGAUCCAAGUGACGGACUCGUUCACUUAUUGUGGAAUGGAGCCGGUCUUGCCCAUCCCGAGGCACAGAAAUAAUGAUUACCCGUCUGAUCAUUUCGCAGUGGUCUCGGAUUUUGUUAUUUUAUAG